GCAUUAAAAUCUACUAUAGUACCAAAGCGAGCCGGGGCCCCGCCACAACGCCUCCCGAUAAACACCACCAUCGAUUCCCCGCCACCGGCUGGCUGGCCCACGCCGUCAGCGGGAGUGCCGCCGAAUCGGUGUCGGAUCCCAAACGCCGGUCUCACUUUUAUAAACGUAACCGCAGCAGCGGAGAUGGGGGAGGGGUGGCGGUUUUAUUAUCGGAGAAGCAAAUUGAAUUGAAUGGCACCGGCUCCCAUUAGCUGGACCCGUAGCUGUUGUUGUAGCCAUAGCAUUUGGAGGUAGCCAUAGCCCAUAGCAUUCCAUUCCUCCCUCCCUCCCUCCCUCCUCGGUAGAUUCGUCUCGUCACCUUCCUCCUCCUCCUCUCUUUCUGCUCUCCCUGCCCCGACCUGCCCCGCCCUGCAUGGAGCCAGGCGCGCCGUGGCGCGAUCCGCGCCAGGGUUACUCCUACGGGGUCGGAUCGGCGAUGCAGCUCCAGCUCCAGCUGCAGCAGCGGGCCGACGCGGCAGCCGGUGGAGGAGUGCUCAAGAGGAGCCUCGGCGAGCUGGAGAGGUGGCAGCACCACCAGCAGCAGCAGGUGGCCGCGCAACAGGCGCUGUACCUGCGCGCCGUGAGGCAGCGCACGGCUGCGGCGGUCGAUAUCGCCGCCUUGCUGGGAGGCACCCCGGCUCAGCCUCUGGUUCUACCCGGGUCCAGCUUUGGAGGGGGCCUAGCGUCGCCUUCGUCGACGCUCUCGUCGUCGCUCACCACCGCGUCCAGGGCGGCGGUGCCGCUGAUGCAGCCGCAGCUGCAGCGGCAGGUGCCGCUCACGACGUCCUCACCGCAGACGCAGCCCUUCGGGCUGUCGACGGCGCCGCUGCCUCAGCCGUCGGUUUCGAGCGAGCUGUUCAUUUUGCAGGAGCUCGAGAAGCAGCUGCUGGACGACGACGACGACGACGAGCCGGUUGCGGCGAUGAGCGGCACCGGUUCCGCCGUCACCAACUCCGAGUGGGAGGAGACGAUACAGCAGCUCAGCUCCAUCGCGGCCGCGCCGUCGCCCGGGCUCCCUGCAGCGGCGACCCCAAACAACAACAAUAAUAACGUCGGGAUGACGAGGUCACCGUCAAACUCCUCCACGGCGUCCUCGUCCGCGUCCUGCUCGCCGCCGACCCCCGGGGCCGCGUCGAGGCAGCUAUUGUCUGAAGCCGCGGUCGCUAUCGCGGAUGGCCAUCACGAAGCGGCGGCCGCCCAUCUGGCCGCCCUGAAGCGCGCGGCUAACCAGCACGGCGAUGCGGAACAGCGGCUGAUUGCCAUGAUGGUGGCCGCCCUGUCCUCCCGCAUUGCUCCGGCCGCCUCCGCCCCAUCUCAACUCCUCGCCGACCUCUGCAGCGUCGAGCAGCGCGCCGGGUCCCAACUCCUACAGGACCUCUCCCCGUGCUUCCGCGUCGCCCUCCACGCCGCCAGCGCCGCCAUCGUCGAAGCGGUGGGCGACCACCGCGCCAUCCACCUCGUCGACUUCGACGUCAGCUUCCCGCAGCACGCGGCUCUCAUCCAGUACCUCGCCGACCGACGCGUGCAGGGCAGGUCCCUGAAGGUCACCGCCGUCACCGACCCGAGCUCGCCGUUCACGCAGUCUCUAACCGCAUCGCUACCAGCCAUCGAGGAGCGGCUGAAGAAGCUCGCCGAGCGAGCUGGCGUGGAGUACCGCUUUACAGUGGUCAGCUGCAGAGCAGCAGAGCUGGAUGCGUCCAGGCUGUGCUGCGAGCCGGGGGAGGCGGUCGCGGUCAACCUCGCCUUCGCACUCUCCCACGUGCCCGACGAGAGCGUCUCUCCGGCCAACCCCCGCGACGAGCUGCUCCGCCGCGUGCGCGCGCUGGGCCCGCAGGUGGUGACCCUCGUCGAGCAGGAACUGAACACCAAUACGGCACCGCUGGCGGCGCGCUUCACUGACGCGUGCGCGCACUACGGCGCCAUCCUGGAGUCGCUGGACGCGACGCUGGCGCGGGAGAUUGCGGAGAAGGCCAGGGCCGAGGCGGCCCUGUCGAAGAAGGCGGCGAACGCGGUCGGCCGGGAUGGCCCCGACCGGCUGGAGCGGUGCGAGGUCUUCGGCAAGUGGCGCGCCAGGUUCGGCAUGGCGGGCUUCCGCCCGGUGUCGCUCGGCUCGAGCAUUGCCGAAGAGCUGGUCGGCGCCCGCGUCGGCCAUGUACCGCCCGGGUUCACAGUCAAGGCGGAGAACGGCGUGCUCCGGUUCUGUUGGAUGGGGCGCGCGGUGACCGUCGCCUCCGCGUGGCGCUAGACCACGGCGGGCGGCCGACCGCCCGCCCGGGCCAUUAUUGCCGUCACUAAAUUGUCAGUUACAUAAUUCGAGCUAUUGCUUUCCUCGUUCUCCCUUCUUCCUUUUUUUUUACCUUGAUUGGGUGAGGAGUGAUGAGUUUGCCAUGAUCUGGUAAAAAUCCUUCCUAGCUGUAGCGACUCAUAAUUCUUAUAACUGCUCAUAGUAGUAUAUGGAAAAGAGUAAGUUAUAUCGCAAUCUCCUCCUAAUUUUGUGUGGCAUGUUGGUAGAAGAAGAUAACAUUCUCUCUGAUUCA